GACCUCCCUCCCCAGGCCCCUGCAGUCCCGCCUCUCAGGCCUGCGGAUCUGACACUCCACCCCAGUUUACUGCUCCCUUACCUUCCUCCUCCCAGACCCGGAGACCCCAGAGGAGAAGCUGCCGGAGGAGACAGGGGGCGAUGGGGAGCGGAGUCAGUGCUGAGGACAGACAGCUGGCCAAGCGGUCCAAGGAGCUAGAGCGGAAGCUGCAGGAGGACGCAGACAAGGAGGCCAAGACCGUCAAGCUGCUGCUGCUGGGGGCCGGGGAGUCGGGGAAGAGCACCAUCGUCAAGCAGAUGAAGAUCAUUCACCAGGACGGCUACUCGCCGGAGGAAUGCCUGGAGUACAAGUCCGUCAUCUACGGCAACGUGCUGCAGUCCAUCCUGGCUAUCGUCCGCGCCAUGUCCACCUUGGGCAUCGACUAUGCCCAGCUGAGCUGUGCGGAUGACGGGCGGCAGCUCAACAACCUGGCCGACUCCCUGGAGGAGGGCACCAUGCCCCCCGAGCUGGUGGAGGUGAUCAGGAGGCUGUGGCAGGACGGCGGGGUGCAGGCCUGCUUCGACAGAGCGGCGGAGUACCAGCUCAAUGACUCGGCGGCCUACUACCUGAACCAACUAGACCGGAUUACGGCCCCCGACUACCUCCCCAGUGAGCAAGAUGUGCUGCGAUCCAGAGUCAAAACCACAGGCAUCAUCGAGACCAAGUUUUCCGUCAAAGACUUGAACUUCAGGAUGUUCGAUGUGGGAGGGCAGAGGUCGGAGAGGAAGAAGUGGAUCCACUGCUUUGAGGGAGUCACGUGCAUCAUUUUCUGCGCGGCCCUCAGCGCCUACGACAUGGUGCUGGUGGAAGACGACGAGGUGAAUCGAAUGCAUGAGUCCUUGCACCUGUUCAACAGCAUCUGCAACCACAAGUUCUUCGCGGCCACGUCCAUUGUCCUCUUUCUCAACAAGAAGGACCUCUUUGAGGAGAAAAUCAAGAAGGUGCAUCUCAGCCUUUGCUUCCCAGAGUAUGAAGGGAACAACUCUUAUGAGGAUGCAGGGAAUUAUAUCAAGAGCCAGUUCCUUGACCUCAACAUGCGAAAAGAUGUCAAAGAAAUCUACAGUCACAUGACCUGCGCCACGGACACGCAAAACGUCAAAUUUGUCUUUGACGCAGUUACAGAUAUUAUCAUCAAAGAAAACCUCAAGGACUGCGGGCUCUUCUAAUCUCCAUCACUUCCCAUGUGUAUCUUCCACGAACAGGCUUGGAAUCUGGGCGAUUUUGAGCAGAAAAUGUCCGGUCACGACACCGUGCGAUGGGGAAUGAACGCGUGCUCCCUUGGCGGUGAGGUAUACAUGCCUGGACGGUCUCUCACAUUCUUUCCAAAGCAGCGUAGCCAGUGAGUUUAAAGAGCCCGAGGCCAGGAGCCAGAAGACCCAGGCUCCAGGACCGGUUCUGCAACUCGCUGUAAAACUUAAACAUUUCAUUUCUCAGGCCUCGAGUCCCUCACCUGUAAAGUGAAGGGAACUCCUCUACUACUUCACGGGGCUCUUCUGAUGAUCACAAACCUAACUGCAGGGAACGCACCGAAAGGCUCUGUGGUUAGAGUCACAGAAAGAAAUCCUAUGGAAACGCUGCCAUUUAUGACAAUCAAUACCAGGAUUUUUGAUGAACUAGCCCAAGCAAAACAGCAAAUAUCAAUUAAAAACAAAACCUUGAUAACCCUACCACCCCUUUUUACUAACAGACCUCUCUCUAUGUGCCAUAGCUCAGACAUCCAGAUCACUGAAUAGAGGUGUUAGUUUUGAAGGCACAUAUAGAAGAACAAUCAUUUUAUUAAGCAGACUACCCCUCUGCCCCCCAAAAGACCGAGUUCCCUUUAUCUAUAGGUAACUGUUUCUCAGCUAUACAGGGCACUUUCUAAGUAAGCUUGGAGUAUUAGUGAUUUUAUUGCUGCUACUCCUCUACCAUAGAAUCUAGAACAAGUGAGCAAGCCUAAAAUUCUCAUUUCAACUGCUAUUUGUUUCAUAAUAAAAAAGGCAGCGGAUCUUGCUUUAGACAAUAAACAUCUUUGCAGUUGGGUGGGUCCCUGUAAUGUCUGGCUGGAAACAUCUUCCCAAACAGACCACUAAGCAAAUUAUUCCUCUCAACGCCUUCGAGGGGAGGCGCAGCUUGCAUUUAUCUUGACAGGAGCGGUGAAGGGUGGAUUUAGCAUUUUUACAGCUACCAGUGAGGGAGGCUCUUGGCAGCAAGACUUAGUAUCUCGCAGAACGUGUCAAUUAAGAUGAAAAUACACUCUUUGCCAGAAGCACACAUUCACACCGAGGCUGCUACCAGCAGUGUUGAUACUGGGGAACCAUAUGAGCUAGAAACACACUGAAGACGACACUGCAGCUGUUAAAAUUGGAUUCAUUCACUAGUCUGAAUCCUUGAAAGGAAACCCACUUGGGAGAAUGAAAGAAAACUCCUCUGCCUACUGCCACUUAAAAGCUUAAGCCAAAAAAAAGGCCUUCUGUCGUGAGUGGCACACGUAGAGCAGCCUGAUUGCUCUACGUGUGGAAUCGACAUCGAGCGAGUUCGGAAGCAUAAUUUUUUGGUACUUGGACAGCUGGUGAUCGUUGGUCCUGGCGUCCGCAA